UUGUAUCCGGUCACAGUAGUAAGUUAAUGUUUCCGUUUAAAAAAUCAUUAUGUUUCAUUAAUUACUUUCACUUGUUUCAGAUGUUUGGACUGUAAUAAUCUUUCUGUUUACACGUGUUAAGACUGUUUAGCAGUAUUCUGAGUUAUGGUAUGUGCACUCAUUCAUGUACUUGGAUUUUGUUUGGUUUAUUGCAGAAUUGAAUGCUGAUUUAUUAAAAUCUUCAUACAUUAAAACCGGGUGCGACUCCAUUCUUUAAAUCCUCUGGCCUUCCAUAAUUCAAUUUACUGAUCCAGUCGAGGCCAAGAUGGAUGAAAAGAAAGUGAAACGACGAACCAGCAAGACGAGAUUUACUCGACAAAGAAAAGUGUUUGAACAACACGUAAAGCAAGAUUCUUCCAUAGAAGAACUCACAGAAGAAUUCCAGAAACUUGAAGUUUUCUUCAUGGAAUUGCAGAACAGACACGAUGAGUAUUGUGAGACAAUAGAAGAUGGCGAUGAAUAUGAGCAGGAGGAAGAAUACAUUCAAAUCUGUAUGGAUGACUUCCAGCAGAUAAAGCUGAAACUGAACCAGUUAAGAAAAUCUCAACCAAUCAAGUUGGCUGAAAAUCCGCCUGAAAAAAGUGUUGCUGUACCAACGGACCAUGAUGCAUCCCAAAGUACCGACUCCAACACUCAGCCAGAAAACAGCACUGCUGAACCGCAAGCUGAGCAGUCCUCUUCCCCACCGAAACCAGCGUUGGCUGAAGUAGAACAGCAGCAGACACCAAAAACCAGUACUGCUUCAUGCAAAUUGAGACCGAGGUUGGAGAGACCCAAGAUGCCAACAUUCAAUGGCGAUGUCAGGGAUUAUCACACAUUCAAAGAUGACUUCAAGCACAUGAUAGAUCCGAUGUACAGUCCGAGAGACGCUGUCUCUAUUCUGCGGAACAGUUUAACUGGCAAGCCACUGGAGUUGCUGAAGGGUAUCGGAACUGAUUAUAGUGCAUGUUGGGAGUACUUGGACAUGUACUAUGGUGAUCCAAGGGUCAUUUCAGACACAGUGGCCCAGGAUCUGACCAAGUUUAAAGCGCUUAGCAACGGAGAAGAUGGGCGCUUUUGUGAGUUUGCUCAACUUGUUAGGCGCAGCUUCAACGUCCUGAAACAAGUAGGGAAGGAAUCAGACAUGAAUAAUAAUCACAUGUUGGCCAUGAUCGAGAAGAAACUGACGCCAGAGGACAGGAAAGUAUAUGCCCGCAUUGAACAGCAGAGCAGUGAACAGGCUAAUCUCGAGGGACUUCUCAAAUUCCUUGAGAACGAGACGAAAACCAGAAGACGGGUAUCUGCCUCCAUUAGGAGUAUGAAUACAACACCUCAGCAAGCCCGAGUGUAUCUGACCGAAGGGCGACCAACCACAUCAGUAAGGUGGAAAAGGUGCUGGGGGUGUGAAACUGAUAGUCACUGGCCUGAUCAGUGUCCUGCCAUACUGAAAUUGACUCCUGAAGAGAGGUGGCGAAAGGUGAAAGAUAUUCGUGCAUGUUUUUCCUGCAUGAAGCGGGCCGGCAAAGGGCACAAUAUAAGUACCUGUAACAGAAAAAUGAAGUGCACAAAGUGUGAUUCCCAGCAUCACCAUCUCCUACACAAAGUGAAAGCCGAAUCUUCAGCGGCACCCAGUGCUCACGUGAUGGCGUGCAACACCAAGUCAGAAUUUACUGAUGUUGCACUACCCUUGCUGACGACUGAAAUUGGGGCACUUCACAAGAAAAUAACUGGAAACAUUGUGUUUGACUGUUGUGCAAGUGUAACCCUGGUCCGAGGGGCAACUGUACAAAGACUUGGGUUACAAGGUAAAAGCAAACCAAUCAGCAUCGACAUCACCACUUUGGGUGGAAGGACCGAAACUCAUGUAACCAGGCUGCAUGAGAUCAACGUCUACCGUGGAGAAAAGAUAUAUAAAGUGUCAGCAGUAGAAGUUCCCGAAAUAACUACAGUGCCUCCACUACCUGAGCAGUGCAGAGAAAAGGUCGAAAGCCAUUUGGGAACGACAAUUAGACGUGGUUUUGGACAAGUUGAUAUACUUCUAGGUGUUGAUCAUCCUGCUAUGCAUGGCGGUAAGACAAAGAAAAUAGAUGACUAUGUCUUGAGAGAUUCUCCACUUGGCUGGGUAAUUCUCGGAUCAUCUAAUGAGGCGACAGCAAGAACGUCCACUGUGCUACACAUAAAGGUCACCGACAAGACUGACCUCAGUGAGUUUUGGUCUACUGAGGCGAUGGGGGUGAGGUUCAAGAACUGUAACUGUAAGCCUUCAACUGACAAGCUGUUGACUCCAAAUGACCAACGCCAGUUUGACAAGAUUUGGGAGUCCUGCGAGAAAGAGGACAACCGAUGGCUAGUUCCCUACCAAUGGAAAAGGGACCCAAAAGAGCUCCCCGACAACAAGAGGCAGGCAAUGGCUAAGCUAUUGUCCAUAGAGAAGAAGCUACAGAAAGAAGGGAACAACGCUCAACUGUAUGAUGAUCAGAUGAAAGAAAUGGAGAAAAAGAGAUUUUCGAGAAAGCUAUCCACCGAAGAAAUGAAGAAGUAUGACGGUCCGGUCCAUUACAUCUCCCACCACCCAGUAAUUCGUCCUGAGAAAAAGAGCACACCUGUUCGCAUCGUCUUCAAUGCCUCUGCUAGCUUCAAUGGCCAUCGACUGAAUGACUACUGGGAAAAAGGACCUGAUCUCCUCAAUGAUCUCUUUGGGGUCUUAUUCCGGUUCAGACAGUUUCCGAUUGCUGUGUCAGGCGACAUAGCAAAGAUGUAUCACCAAGUCAGAAUCCCCGAGCGUGAUAAACACGUCCAUAGGUUCCUUUGGAGGAGCUAUGAAGACCGAGAACCUGAUGUAUAUGUCAAGGAGGUGGUAACCUUUGGCGACAUGCCAGCACCAGCUAUGGCAUUGACUGCAUUGAAGAGAACAGCUGCCGAAGGAGCCAGAGACUACCCUGAGGCAUCUAGAGUUUUGGACUGUGACACAUACAUGGACGACAUAUGUACCUCUACAAGAUCCGUUGAGAAAGCUACACGUCUAACUAGCCAAAUUGAUGCAGUCCUGAAUGCAGGUGGUUUCAAAGUAAAAGAGUGGGUGUCAAACGCAAAUUUGGCAGAAGAGAAGCCUGAAGAGAGACCAAUCGCCGGACACACAUCUACAGAAGAGCAGAAAGUUUUAAGCGUUGUAUGGAACCCAGAGACAGACAGACAGACUGAAAUAUCAAGUUAA